AUGCCUUCCCUUGCAUCGAUAUCCGAUCCCAAUGCAUACCACAUCAUCGCCUACGGCACUCUUCUCGGAUCCAACAUCUUCCAGUCCUUCUUCGCAGGCCCAAUAGGUUACUCCUGCCUCCCGCGGCCUCAAUUCGCAACUCUGCAAACGAAAAUCACUCCGCCGUACUUUGCUCUCCAAACUGCACUGCCCGUCAUACUGGCCGUCACCUGGCCCGGCAUCAAGAUUGUCGACUCUGCUGGGAAGCAGCUCGGGAGACGGGAGAGUGGUUGGCGGGGAUUGUUGUUGGAUCGACAUCUGUGGACCGCUCUCACCCCCAUUGCUGUCAUGUUUGGCACGAGUGUGUUGAACCUUUUCGUUCUCGGACCUGCGACGACGCAAGUUAUGAAGAAGAGGAAGCAUCAAGAAACGAAAGAUGGCAAAAAGUCCUAUGAGCCGGGCCCGAAGUCUACGGAGAUGGAGCGCCUGAAUACGACCUUUGCUUGGUUACAUGGUGGGAGCGCGCUGUCUAAUCUCGUUGGAUUGGGUGCGAUGCUAUUCUAUGGUGUUGUCCUCGCUGAGAAGGUAUAG